AUGUGGUCACCACUGUUCGCCUUGCUUUGCCUGACCCUAGCCUUUAACCAACCGAAUGUGUUCGUGGAGGCCGGAGGUCCGCUUAAGAUACUGGGUCUCUUCCCCCAUCCCGGAGUUAGCCACUUCCACUUCUUCCAUCCCAUUAUGAAGGGUUUGGCUGAGGCGGGUCAUGACGUUAGUGUGGUUUCCCACUUCCCGGACAAGCAUCCGGUUGUCCGUUACAAGGAUUUCCCCCUGACCGGGAUAGAAAAGCUCACGAACAGUGUGGAUCUCAAGUUUUUUGAGAAGCGUACUUUCUACAAUCACUUCCUGGAAUUCUUCCUGCUCCACGAGUGGGGCAAACAGGCCUGCAACCACACUCUACGUUCGGAAGCACUGCAGCAGAUCCUCAAGCGUCCAGGACGUUUUGAUGUUAUUAUUAUGGAGCAAUUCAAUACGGACUGCAUGAUGGGAGUGGCUCAUCAGCUCCAGGCCCCGGUAAUCGCUUUAAGUAGCUGUGUGAUGAUGCCCUGGCACUAUGAGAGAAUGGGUGCUCCUUUGAUACCCUCGCAUAUCCCUGCGCUCUUCAUGGCCCAGUCGCAGGACAUGGACUUUGGCGGACGACUGGCUAAUUGGUUUAGCACCCACGCCUUAAACUGGAUGUAUAAAUUACUAUCUAUACCCGCUGCCGAUGCUUUGGUUCAAUACAAAUUCGGUCACGAUACACCUUCAGUUGGUGAGCUGGUGAAGAACACCUCCUUGUUCUUUGUAAACCAACACUAUUCGCUGUCAGGGCCCAAGCCAAUGCCACCCAAUGUUAUCGAGCUGGGCGGAAUACACAUUCAGAAAUCAAAACCACUACCGGCCGAUCUUCAGCGUAUUUUGGAUAAUGCCGAGGAAGGAGUGAUCCUGAUCAGUUGGGGAUCCAUGAUCAGGGCGAAUUCUCUGUCGGCGGCAAAAAGGGAUGGCAUAGUAAGGGCGGUGGCUCGAUUGAAGCAAACGGUUAUAUGGAAAUGGGAGAACGAAACGCUGCCCAAUAAGCCACCUAAUAUGCACAUUAUGAAGUGGCUCCCGCAACGUGAUAUCCUCUGUCAUCCGAACGUAAAGGUUUUCAUGUCACAUGGUGGACUAAUGGGGACCUCCGAGGCUGCCUACUGUGGUGUCCCAGUUGUGGCCACGCCAAUGUACGGUGAUCAGUUUGUGAAUACGGCGGCCUUGGUGCAACGAGGCAUGGGAACCAUCCUUAAUUUCGAGGAUAUCGGAGAGAACACAGUGAUGCGCGCUUUGAAAAAGGCUUUAGACAAAAAAUACUACGAUGCCGCCAAGGUCGUCUCCCACUCGUUUAACCACCGCCCACAGCAGGCUCUGGCAACCGCACUUUGGUGGGUGGAGCAUGUGGCCCAUACGGGAGGAGCACCCCUGCUAAAGCCCAGUGCUGUGGAGAUGUCCCGUUUCGUGUACUACUCCUUGGACUGCUAUGCUGUGUUGGCCCUAAUCUUGGCCAUUGUUAUUGCUAGUUGGGUGUGGCUCCUUCGACUCUGCUGUGGAUCCAGAUCAGCCGUAAAGACCAAGAGGGAUUAGCCGGGAUCAUCCCGGCGCCGUUUCUUUCGUGGUGUAUGUGAUAUUUUAUAUGUUCUGUGUAAGAAACUUGUAAUUGUAUAGACGCCUCCUCUCAAGGACUUUAUCUAGAUGUAAUCAUAGUCACGCCAAAUUAAAUAUAAUGUUUAAUUCAAUUGGUAUUA